AUGUCUGUCUCAUCAGCCGCCGAAGAGGCGAUGGGACCCAUGGGUAAACCAAUGCUUGAAACUAUAGCUUCCGAAGUGAAAAACCACAUCUUCUCUUACUUGCCUCAAGAAACUCUCUUAUGCCUACUACUUACGAGUCCGGUGUUGUCCGAAGAAGCGGUAGUUCUUCUCUACCACAGUCCGAAGUUCCGGUCGACGUACCGCUUUGCUCAGUUUGUGACUACUGUAUCACAUUCAAGACCCUAUGCGGAUCUAGUGCGCGUGUUCGAGCUUUCGGACCGCAAAGAGGCGGAGGACCGCGCCAAUGGAUUUGCAAGCUGGCGGGAAUGGAAGUAUAGAGAGAUACCUCUGUAUGCUGCCAAGGCCCCACCAAAGCAGCUAAUGGAGCCUAAGAAGAAAACAUAUAAGGGCACACAUCCCGGCACCAACUAUCUCUUCAAUAAGACAAGUCUUUCUAUGCCUAUAGGACCUGUCGUCCAUGUUCUUGCAGCGUGCCGAAACAUUAGGCAACUCAAGCUGAACUUUGGAGGCUUGACCAACGAUGACUUGAUCGAUUCCCUCAACUACCCAUCCAUUGCUAUUUCUGGUAUGGUUUUCGGCUCGGACCUCGCAAGAUCCUGGACUCAGGGUAGCGCCGAUGUCGAGUCUGUCCAACCUAGCUUUCUCAUACGGCAUCUUACCAGUCUGCUUAAGCUUGAAUAUGUUCACAUCCGGAAUGCCCCUUGGCUUACUGGGGAGGACGUUCAGAGCAUUGUGUGGAAUUGUCCUCGUCUCAUAGAAGUCGAUUUUCGCGAUUCAGGCAAGGUCAUGCAGGACCAGGCUUUGGUGGUCUCGGGAAAGACGGCGAAUUGGGAGAUUCCUUGGGCUAUGAAGGGCAGCAGAAAAGAAUGUGCGGCCACACUUCCUGCUGGACUGGCAUCUGAGAGUCUCGCAACAGUCAGCAGAGGGUCGGAAAGGGAGAAGCACUAA